AUGGAGAAGCACAAUGUUAUACUAAGGGUUUAUCCUCUUGGAGACGAGACAAUGAGGAGGUUCGUUGCCUCUUCGCUAGGAAGGAAGGAAGUUCAGAUAUGGCACACAUCAAUUGAGGUCUAUGGGAUGGAAUACUUCUUUCAAAAUGGAAUAACGAAGGCGCUUCCUGGGUUUACCAUCCAUGGAACCCCUGUAAAGACCCAUGAUCUUGGGACUACAGACAUUCCUGAGAUUGUGUUUGAAGACUUUCUUCUUUCCAUAGCAGACGAUUUUGCUCCCCAUAAGUACCACCUGCUCAGAAACAAUUGCAAUAACUUCACAAACACAGUGGCAUUGUAUCUAGUUGAGAAGCCCAUCCCAGAAUACAUCCUUGAACUCCAGAAUACAGCAUUAGAGUCAGAGGCCGUGUCAUCUAUAGUUGAUUUGUUCUUCGGGGCACCUGAGCAAAUAUAA